GGAGAAAAGUCUCUUCAUAUCUAGUUCCGGAAUGUCCCCCUUCUGGUGCCAGGCUUGCUUUUCAGUUGGGCCUGACCUACUUCUCUUCCAGGAAAGCGCCCGCCUUCCUUCUGCACCCGUCAACCUCUGGAGUGUCCUGAAAACCCUCCCUUGUGGGAGUCUCUGGGCUUGCCUGUUGGUGGGACGAUUUCUCAGGAGCACGACUUCCGGCCUGAAAAGGAAGUCUCCUCCUUUUUCUCCCAAACCACUUCUUCCCCGCUAACCCCGCCACGCGAGGCUGCGGCGCACGAUUGAAGAAUGUCACGGAUUCCACUGGGGAAGGUCCUCCUGAGGAAUGUCAUCCGGCACACAGAUGCUCACAAUAAGAUUCAGGAGGAAUCAGAUAUGUGGAAAAUAAGAGAACUGGAAAAACAGAUGGAAGAUGCUUACCGGGGGACCAAAAGGAAAAUGCUACCCAGCAGUUCAAGCCGGAUGCGCAGUGAUGGUUUUGAUGAAGAAAGUCAAAGAGACUAUUGGAGGCCAAAGAAUGAAAUUUCUGGGACACUGGAAGAUGAUUUUCUUAAGGCUAAAUCCUGGAAUAAAAAGUUCUAUGAUUAUGAAGCAAACAUGCCAGACAGAUGGGGUCACAGUGGUUAUAAAGAGUUAUACCCUGAAGAAUUUGAAACAGACAGUAGUGAUCAGCAAGAUAUUACCAACGGGAAGAAAACAUCUCCCCAGGUAAAGUCAUCUACCCAUGAAUCCCGCAAACACAAGAAGUCAAAGAAAUCCCACAAAAAAAAGCAGAAAAAAAGGUCACACAAAAAACAGAAGAAAAGCAAAAAGGAAGCCACAGAUAUAACAGCAGAUUCCUCGAGUGAGUUCUCAGAAGAAACUGGGGCUUCUGGUACAAGGAAAAGGAAACAACCACAUAAGCGCAAGAAAAAAUCCAGGAAAAAGUCUCUCAAAAAACCUGCUUUAUUCUUAGAGGCAGAAAGUAACACUUCACAUUCAGAUGAUUCAGCAUCCAGCAGUUCUGAGGAAAGUGAGGAAAGAGACACUAAGAAAACCAAAAGGAAAAAGAGAGAGAAAAAAGCCCAUACCUCUGUAGCCAACAAUGAAAUACAGGAGAGGACAAACAAACGCACAAAUUGGAAAGUAGCUACAGAUGAAAGGUCUGCUGAGAGCUCAGAGGAUGACUAAAUGGGAAACACUUUUGUUUUCCACAUGACUGUGGAUAUUUACAGUUCUUACUCCUUGUGGUUUUGCCAGUGACUCUCGUUCAGCACGGGGCCUGAGGUCAGAGCUGUCUUGUGCCAUCUGUAUGUUCUGACAGACGUCUUGUCUUCUAUUUUGGUGUUAAGCUUGAUCCCCUUUUCUUGUUAAAAGGGAAUCUGGUAUUUUGUUAUGAAGGUUUCUUGAAGAGAUUAUUUUUUUGCAAUUAAUUACGUUUAGUGUAGAGUGCAUAUACAGCAAAUUAAAGGACCCAGAAAGCUGGAUCCAAUAGUGACCUGGGUACACCAAUCGGAAUAUUGAAUUUGGGGAAGUCAAGGGCUGGGAUCAAGAGGUGGAUUGGAACUAAUGCCAUGUAGGAUGGUAUGACAAGGCAACACUGUAUUGCUCUCUGUUUAUAUAGCAGGUGUCACAACUAACUUGUCUUUAGCCUUGGUGCUUUGAUCCUUCUAUAUUUUGACCCCACAGGUGUGGUCCGGUUUACUUAAUCAGGACAUGGGCCUAAGAACAAACCUUUUCCCUUCAUGAUAACAUCCAUAGACAACUUAUUAGAAGGGACUAGAGUUUUUGCAAAUUUCCCUGCUGGAUGGGGCCUAUAGCUAUACUUAGUAUACGCCUAAACAUGGUAAUUGGAUAGUAAAUGGUUUUCUAGUUCCAUUGCUGUAUAUUUGCCUAAAUGGACUUGUGUUCAAAUUAUUUCUUCAGUUGUCAUAGAUAAUCCUGUACCAAAUGGGGAAGAAUUAGGAAAUAAUCAUGUUGUCUAAUGGUACUCUGGAUUCAGGGCAGCAACUGCCAUUUAAAUGUUGUCUUGUUCAUUUCUAAAUCUGUUCAUGAAGUUUAGGUUUUCCCUGAAACUAAGUUGAAUUAUUUCCAAAAUGAAACAGGCUUCUCAGGGACAUAUCCACUUCUUCCAGUCUGCCUUUGGAUUAAAGCACCAAGCAGAGACCACAUUAUUUCCCUUUGCUAUACUGUGAUCCUUAGUAUGUUAAUUCUUAAGAAACCAAAAUAUCACUGAAAGAAGGCUGGCAGAACACAAGUGCAUUUUUUCACUGUGGGAAGAAAGAUCAAGUGACAUAUUAUUUUUUCCUGGUUGUCACUUAAUGGGCUGAGUAAAAAGCUUGAAAACUCAGACUUUCGGUCUUGGUUCUGCCACUCAUUGGUUACGAGGAGGCCCAGAGCAGGUAAGUUCACCUUCCUGGCCUUACUUUCCUGAUGUGUAAUACGGAAUUACUUCACAGUAGCAUGACAGUAUAAGACACCAGCAGUAGAUACAACUAUGAUGACAUUCCAUGAGUUGGUAUUUUUAGUUCUAACUGCUAAAUUUGUUCUCUUUACGGGACAGAUUUCUAAUAAAGUGCUUGGUCUUAAAAUACAUGGUUGGACAGAGGUGCACUAUCCCUUAACUGUGAGCAGGUGCUACCUUUUGGGAUAUUUAUUUUAAAUUUUAAUACUUUGGUACUCAAUUGUCAGUGUUCCAUGGUGUGUAUUUUUAUUUUUGGGAUUAGUGGGGGUCUAAAGGGAGAGGAAUAGUCUCUAAUUACUACCUCUUAAUCUAAAGCAAUUAUUUUGUUCCUGGAGCAAGUUAAAUCUUUGUUGGAAGGAGCUUUGGCCAUAUAUGUUUUAGCAUGCAUUGUUUCUGUGCCCUGAAAGUACCUGAAAGGUUUUAAGCACAGACUCAGGAAAAUGUGCCAGUAGAACAGGCCAUCUCCAGGAAAUUGGCUCUAUUUGGGUCCUGACCUUCCCUUCCUCCCAAGUUAGCAGGCUUGUUCUUUCACAAGGAAUACACAUCUUGCCUUUUUUUUUUUUUUUUUUGCCAUGUUUUCCUUUUCUUGGUCAUGUAUAAGCAAUAAAGCUGUUUUUUGUUCUUCA